GUCCUCGUCGAAUCCCGUUCCCGUUCGCUGCAAAGUGCCCCAAUCCGGUUCCGUUCCGGUGGAAUCGUUCGCGUGAAAUCCCCGGCCGUCGCGUCCACCCGUGCGUUGCUCCGGAUCGGGCCCGAAAGUGGCCCAAAACUCGGUCCAGACUUGCUGUCGCCGCGCCGCCUUGGAUUGUUCUUUCUCUUGUUGUUUUUUUUUGUGGACGCCGGAAAGAGGUUCGCGUGAAUCUCGGCCGGUGGUGGUGUGCGUGAAAUUGCGUGAUUUUGACGUUUGACGUCACCGCAGAUUGUUGCUGCUGUCUCACUUUGACACUUUGGGUUGAUUCUGCUGCGGGGGGAGUUUUUUUUGUGGAGGUUGCGCGAUUGUGUGUGUUUGGUUCUGGCAGAAGCAAAAUCAGCAAACAGCAGCAGCAGCUCAAAAGUGUGAAAUUUUUGUCAGCCGCAGACGCUACCGAAACGGAUUCUGUCGGUUCUUUCAUCCGGGGGGUGCGAAUAAAGUGCGGUUCCGGAACGCAAUUCCGAGUGUGUCGUGCCAGGAUAACAUAACAAACCCGUCAAUCGGUUUGCAAAAUUAGUGCCCCAGGAAAAAGCUCCGAGAGCAAGUGGACGGUUCCUCAGGGAAGAAAGGAGGGGGUGCAGACGGAAGGCGGAUUCAACCCACGACGAUACAUUCGCCACAUUCUACAGGAGGGCCACCAUUUCUCAGCAGCAGCCUUCAAAAGAAAACCAACACACACAUUCAGCACCGUGACCGUCGGCUACAGUGACACUGUAACACACCGCUGUUGAGUUUGCACAACCCGCGCGGAAAGGUUCAGAUUUCUUCUUCACGAUGGACACUGACGAUGUGGAGUCCUCGAGUAGUAGCACCAUGUCCUCGCUGAACUCGCUGUUUUCGUUCACGAGCCCGGCCGUCAAGAAGCUGCUCGGCUGGAAGCAGGGCGACGAGGAGGAAAAGUGGGCCGAAAAGGCGGUGGACAGUUUGGUGAAGAAGCUGAAGAAGCGAAAGGGCGCGAUCGAGGAGUUGGAGCGGGCGCUGUCCAGCCCGGGGACGCCCUCGAAGUGUGUGACGAUUCCGCGCUCGCUGGACGGGAGGUUGCAGGUAUCGCACCGUAAAGGUCUUCCGCAUGUAAUCUACUGCCGAGUGUGGCGUUGGCCGGAUCUGCAGAGCCAUCACGAGUUGAAGCCGAUCGAGACGUGUCAGUAUCCGUUUAGCGCCAAGCAGAAGGAGGUAUGCAUCAAUCCGUAUCACUACAAGCGGGUGGAGAGUCCGGUGCUGCCGCCGGUUCUGGUGCCGCGCCACUCGGAGUUUGCGCCGGGUCACUCGCUGUUGCCAUUCCACCAGAUGAAUGAACCGAACAUGCCGCACAACGUGAGCUAUACGAACGCCGGCUUCAACAGCAUGAGCAGCGGAGGAGGUGGAGGCGGUGGCAACGGUGGUGGAGGAGGUCCGAACUCGCCCAUAUCGUCGCACAUGGGACCGAACAGUCCGAUUUCGUCCGUGUCCAGUCCGGGGCCGAUCAAUUCAAAUCCUCAGAGCCCGUACGGGUCGCUGCCAGAGACUCCCCCGCCGGCGUACAGUCCUCCGGAGGACGGGAACAACGUGGCAGGCCAAGAAAACAACCAGAUGGACACAAAUCAGAUGCACGGCGAGGUGGCCCCGGUCAGCUAUCAGGAACCUCCGUACUGGGCCAGUAUAGCUUACUACGAGCUGAACUGCCGCGUUGGCGAAGUGUUCCACUGCAACUCGACGUCGAUCAUCGUGGACGGGUUCACCAACCCCUCGAACAACUCGGACCGCUUCUGCCUGGGCCAGCUGAGCAACGUCAACCGCAACAGUACAAUCGAAAACACACGUCGUCAUAUCGGAAAGGGAGUGCACCUGUAUUACGUCGGUGGCGAGGUCUACGCCGAGUGCCUGUCCGACUCGGCCAUCUUCGUGCAGAGCCGCAACUGCAACCACCACCACGGAUUCCACCCCAGCACCGUGUGCAAAAUCCCGCCCGGCUGCUCCCUCAAGAUCUUCAACAACCAGGAGUUUGCCCAACUCCUGUCCCAGUCCGUCAACCACGGCUUCGAGGCCGUCUACGAGCUGACCAAGAUGUGCACGAUACGAAUGAGCUUCGUCAAGGGCUGGGGCGCCGAAUACCACCGACAGGACGUCACGUCCACGCCCUGCUGGAUCGAGAUUCACCUGCACGGCCCGCUCCAGUGGCUCGACAAGGUGCUCAUCCAGAUGGGCUCGCCCCACAACGCAAUCAGCUCGGUGUCGUAAGGACUUGACUUGACGAAGUGAAUGUGCGUUCGUACGUGCGUGUGAUGAAUGUGUUUUUAAAUACUUUUAGCAGCUACCGUUGAGCAAAACUGUAGCUUUUUAUUAUUUUCUAAAGCAAUUGUUUUACUCUUCUCUAAACUAAGGAAAAAAGCGCGUUCGCGUAAAAUAUAGCAAGGUAAGGAAGAAAUGACUAUGACGCUGCAAACGUUUCGACAAAUAAAUACAAAAUUUCCGGAGACUUGAACAAGUAUUCAAUUAGUGCAAUUUCUUUUUUAAACAAACACACACACAGACGAAACACUAUUUGCCAUUAUAUAUUUUUGUCUUGUACUACUUUUUAACCUUUACCAUUUCUUUCGAUAAAAUCAAAAUUAUUCAUAUAGUUUUAAACAAACAGAUGCGUUUCUUUCAAAAAGAACAAUUUUAUUAGAUAAGUUAUGUUUUCUGUUUUUAUUUUUAUCGCGAAGAUACUAUUUUACACUCUAGAAAAUAUUUUGAACAAAGUGCCUCUUAUGUUUCUCAAAGAUUUUCACCCGUUUUCAUCGAACACUAUUAAACAAAACGCAACGAUUUCACAUACAUUUUAACGUUUUUCAGCGUUGAAAGCAGCCUUUUCGAAGAGAGAUAAAAUGAGCAAUUCUUUCAAGAUUGAGCAAUUGUUUUGAAUGUUUUUUUGUUUGGUUUGUUUGAAACUAUGCUGCUAUGGGAUUAUCUUUAAUAUGGCAAAAAUAAUACAAAAGCCAUACACAAAUCUUAACAAAAAUUAGCAGCUGUCCAUACUAAAAUGCUAUGAAAAUAUUCUUUCUCUUUGUUAAGAAGGAUUUCCUGGUUGAAUUUGUGUCUUCAGCAAAGCUGUCCCAAUUUAAAAAAAAAAUCCAACGUAGUUAGGCGGCAGAACAUUUUUUUUCAAAAAUUUGUUUUACCUGUCAAAAAUCUAAUUUUUGAGCUUUGUGGCCCGAAAAAUCAGGGGACAAAGAAAUAAUUUUUCAAAAAACUUUCAAUGGAAAUUUAAGUGCAAUCAGCCAUCUAUUUUAACCCUCUACUGCCCAAAUUUUUUUUUCGAAAUUUUUUAUUUUUUCCGUGUUCAGGAGGUCAUUUUGAGCAACUUUUGUUCUACGAAAAACUUUACUUCUCUUGUUUUAUGUUUUUCUUGUUUCAUUUUUAGUAUUUUAAUUAGCAUUUAUCUUGUUUAGUUUAUGUUUGUUUUUGGUAGUAUUUGGCCUACUCUACCACCUCCUAUCAUUACAUUUUGCCUAUCUAUUUUUUUCAUGUUUUUACAGUAACUUUUUCAAUUUUUUGCAUGUUUUUCACAUUUUCUGCUAUCUAAUGGCACCAUUAUCAUUUAAAUUGUAAAUAAAUGCAUAGAGGCAUAGUCUGGAGCACUAGAAAAAUUACUGCAUACUUCUUUGUACUUAAAAUAUAGGAAAUGUUCGUAAAAAACACAGCCAAAGUUGACCCCUAAAAAAAUUACAUUUUUUUUAACAUUGGCAAAGUCACAUAAAACAAGUCAAACCUCCAACCCUAAAAUUUUCCAAAAUUUUAAAAGUUCUUCUUGCCAAUGCUUUUUGAAGAUCAAAAAUUGGUUGAAAAAUGGAUUUUGGCGAUUUUUUAAAUCGAAGCCCGUCUAGAGGCGGGGUUGGGUUGUAGAGGGUUAAAAUGCAUUUCCCUGCGUUUAUAAUCCUUUUUAGCAUGUUUGGGUUGCUUUAAAAAUCUUUGGAAUUUUUGGACAUUUUCGAUGUUUAUUAUCGCAAAAAGAUUUUUUUCGCUAAAAUUUUAGUAUUUGUCAAAUCUUACAUUUUGUUUAAAACUGAUGAUUGCAAAACAACUGAAAUAGUGUAAAAUGCACUUUUUUAAACACUUUUUCCAUAGAAAUGUAGAAACUAUUGCUUUUUAUUUCAAUAUUUUUUUUUUUUUGCACCCGUACCCACAUUCUAACGGAGACAAACAUGGCAAGUUUAAAAAACUCGGACAAAAUUUCUUAGUUGCUUAUUAAAUUUCUUUUUGCUGUUACAUGAAAUUUCGAAAAAACAUCAAAAACAAUUUUUGUUUGUUAAAAUUGACUUUGUAGGAAAUUUUACGAGCUUUCUGAAAUAAAAAUACACUGAAAUAAAAAGACACGCUUUUUCCAUGAGAUUUUUUUUUUAAUUUUCAGACUUACAAGUCAAAUUUGAAGGUGAUCCAACGUUUUUUGUGCUAUUUUUUUGUGUAAGCUUAAGAUGUAGCAAAAAUUUCCCAUAAGUUGGCCUUUGACAGUUAUUUGUUAUUAGGUUCUGAAAGGGUAUUCGAAAGUUACGAAUUUGAAAAAUUAGAUUUCAUUUGACACCCUGUUAUAAAUUUGAUGAAGACAUCAAAUUUAUCACAAAUCCUCACUUAAGCAGAGUACUCCUUGGUAAGAAACUGGUCAAGAAAAAAAAACCCUCUUUUCUUAAGAGGAGCGUACUGGCCCUCAAGGAAUACAUGUUGGAAUAUUUUGGUAGCACUAUCUACAACUUAAAAUGACAUGAAGAUAUGGACCAAUGAAUGAUAAAAAUAGCUGUUUCGGUUAUCAAGAUAGUACCAACAAAGUUUCCGCCAAACAAAAAAAAAAUACAAAAAUUAUGUUUGUUCAGUCGUAGAGAAUUGCUCUCAUAAAAAACGCGUAUAUUUUUUUAAACAGAAAGAAUAGUUCAAGACAACAGACGAACGCUACAAAGUGCCCAACCUAGAGGCUCUGACAUUGCGUGGCCUUGACGCUAGUAGAUUUAACCAGACAGAGAGAUGCGUAACUUUUAGAGAUCUCAAAAACAAACUAUUUUGCCCACGUUGCUGCUCGUCAAAAUAAAUAAUAUACUCAAACACGGUACGCUAGAACGUGCACGCGGCUAUGAUUCCUAGCAGCAGAGUGGAAUGCCUUCAAUACUAUUGUUACAUGCAGAAAAAAAAACAAAAGAAAAUAGCAUUGUGCCUAUACUUUUUAAACAUCCGCGUUGCCAUAAAAUUUGUUUUCAAAUGCUGCGAGAAUGCCUUACAGUUGAUUUCGACAAAGCGACAACAGUUUACACGUGACAGUGCCUGCAAGUUUACAGUUUACUCGAAAUUUUCAGCAGAACUUACAUUUUUGGAAGCUUGUUUUUAAGUUGUGUUUGAACGCGAACCACUUCCGGUGAGCGAAUAAAGUGUGAUCUACAGAUAAAAUAAACAAAACGCAUCGUGGUAUGUUGAACGUUUUCGAGUUACAAAGUACGAGCGCGAGCCCAUAGUUGUAAGUGAAUGUGGUAAACCUUUGAUACAAAAUGAUAAUGCCGUGUAAUGAAAUACAAGAAGAAGAAAAACCAACAAAAAACAGAACUCUAUUUUGCUCAUCUAGUGAUUAACGGACAAACAAACAAAAUACAUAAGUUUUGAACCGUAGUUUCAAAAUAAACUAUUUUAGAACAAACUUGAACGUAAAUCAAUAAAAUCGCAACCGUGUGUUUGAAACUCCUACAUUACCGGAUUUACAAUGAAAUGUGUGUAAACCAAUAUAUCAUUGAAGUUUAAGAGAAAGAGAAAAACGAAUACUGGUUAAAGCAAUCGCGCAAUCAUCAACACACAUAAUUUCGAGAUACACAUUAAAACUAAAUCGUAAAAAAAACUAAAUCGUACCAGUGUGCUAAUCGUGUUUGGAUUUGAACGUCAUCAGUGCAAGCAAAUGUAAAUGAGGUAAAAGAAACUUGAAACUUAUUCUAGCGUCGUAAUGUUACAAUCCAAAAUUCUCAGUUAGUAGAUAUAUGUAAAACGUAAAAUCAGAAAUCGUAGACGGUGUUUCGAUAGCGGAUAGAUGAAAUCAAAUCAUAAUGAAACAAGUAAUAAAAGAGACAUUUUACUUAAGAGUACACGUUAAAAAAGCCGAGAUGAAAUCAAUGGAAAACAAUAUGUUCUUGUGUAAAAACUCCCCUAAACAUAAAAGCAUGAAAUUGGACGACAGAAGCAAAAUUACUUACAAAGAAAAUAAUGUAAGCAAGAUUUUUUUUUUAAAUAGAAGAGAUGUGAAAUACAUAUUAGAUUAAACUGGAUGGAUAAUCAUUGAGAGAGAGAGAGCAAGCUUAAUAAAGGAAAAGAGUAAUAAAAACCAUUUCAACACGAAUAGAUUAGUUGAACACAAAAACCACACGAGUAUAACAUGAGGCGACACAGCAGAGAACAAGAUCGGAUCAGAAGAAAGUGACAUGUAAGUAAAAUCAUAUUUAACGAAAAGAUAUAAAAAAACAACUCUAUCUCUACAUGUGCAGUAAACGAUGAGAGUAGAACAUAAAAUAAUACAUAUUUUCGUGGCAUAUUAUUAUUUUUAAUCUAUGAAAGCGUCUAAGUAAAACAAAAUAAACUAUGAUAAAAAAGAAAUAAACUCACACGCAGUUAAGAUUCUAAUCUUAAGAUUAGCGAAAUCGAUAGUAAAGAUUAUUGUGAAAGCAGAAAAGAGUAAUUGAAAAAAGAUAUUACUUCACCGCUAAGAUAACACAAACACUUACACAAACACGCAACGCAACUCCAUCUUGAUCUCAUGUCGUUCUAAUUACUGCUUGGCCAUUUGUUAAUUUACUUUUGUAAACGAAAAAAAAAAACAAAAUAAAAUCCUGCACCACACACGACCCACACCCUC